AUGCCUUGCAUUUUAGAUUGUAUUGAUAAGAUUGGUAGCUUUAGUAGUAAUUUGUCUAUAAAUGUGCUUAUGGUAGUUCAGAAGUAUGAACAAGCAGUCAAGAUAGCAAAAGGUAUGCUUUAG